AUGAAGCCCAAAUCUCUCGUAUUGAGGUUAUUUGAUCAUACUGAGUCCUUAGGUGAGAGGCAAGCGGAGAGAGUAUCUAGGUAUCACCGGCAGGUAGACUGUUCGGACCGGUCGGACCGUCAUGAGACCACUGCACCAAAUGAUACCCCCAGACCCCAGGUAGAGGAUGGGGGGAGAAAGAAAGAGAAGUGCGCCAGUGAGAUCCAUUUCGCCUUUUUACCGGAGAGGUACGAGCCCCUAGUCGAAGAGGAUGAAGGAAGGCAAAGAGCGAAAGAAGAAAAGAAAAACAAGAAGAAACAAAAAUACAAGAAAGUCAAGAAGGUAGUAUUUGCGAAAAACGUUACUGCUGCAUCUAUCUUUCUGUGCUGUUAUGUUUAUAAAGAAUAAGCCUUGUUUCCCCCCCCCCUUCAAUUAUUAACUUUAACCACCGUUUUUUUCAAUGCUUAUUAAUUAUUAACUAACCAUUAUGAUGCACUUAACCUUUGAAAGUCAAAUGUAUUCAGUUUUGUUAUAAUGACACUGUUAUAACAACCUUCAGUUGUUCAUAAUCAUAACAUGUUUCUAUUGUCAAUAGAAAAAAGACAAUAAAAUCAAUGUUACAUUUUCAGAUACUUUCAACUCGAGAAUUCCCUGCACUGUAUCCCUUAAUUUCCCACACAGUAUGUAAUAGUUGCAGAUAAUAUGGGUAAGUUCAAGGCAAUAUCAUAAUCAAUCUCAUUAUCGUGAUACAAAAAUUUUUAAAAAAUACAAUUAUCACGAUAUGGCAUCAAUCCAUCAAACUUGCAUCAAAUUACCUGAUAUUCAUCAUAUGACUGAAUGAUGUAAAAUCAAUAAUAAGAAUCACAAACCAUAGAACUGAAAGAUCAUUGUGAAAUAGGACUACAAUAUAGAGGCUUUUCAUGAAAGAAAUUGGUAUUAUGAACCAAUCUAUUGUGAUUGACUUUUCUCAGAUUGCUGUGUUUUCUAAUCAGCACCUCACAUUAACACUUUGUUUCUUACUGUUUGAUUUCAACACUGAUUGUGUUACUGUUAAACCACCUGUAUUGUGUUAAAAUGUGACACAAUAUGAAGUACAAGUUGAAUGAUGUAAUAAAUAUAUCAACAGUGACUGAUUGUAUCUUCCUAUCUUGCCACAAUCCAUUUGCUUGGCUUCUCUCCAGAUUGAGAUUGUUUUAAGACCUCUCCCUGUGUUUGUCUGUUCCACUGUCCUAGAUACAGUGUGUUUGGGGUCAAAGGGGAAUAUCUAAACCAUAACAUAAAACAUAAAAGACAGUCAUGGUGCAGUUCUUUGACAAAAAAAAGUAUCAAGGCAGAAGUCGAAUCUUUCCUGUCAAGAAACUCAAGUAAAACAACUUAGAUCAUAGCACUCUUGUCCACUAUCUUUAGAAAUGAAGAAUAUAGCUCUUAAAACCAUUUCCAUAUGAAUCGUGUUUGCGGUUUCACUGUUGUUGUUGUGGCUGUAGUAGGUUCUAAAUCAAAUCAAAUCAAGCUUUAUUUAUACAGCACAUUUCAGACAUGGAAUGCAACGCAAUGUGCUUUACAGGAAAAAUAGAACAAAAAAACAAUGAAAAUAAAAGCUGAAAUAUUUACUACACAACAAACAUAAGAUAAAAAACAAAAGAAUGACACAAACUGAACAACUAAAAAGCACCCUGAGGAAAAGCAAAGCUAAAAAGAUGUGUUUAAGUUCUCUUUUAAAUAUGUCCACAGUUUCAGUCCCUCUCAGGUUCUCUAGCAGGUUAUUCCAGAGGCUGGGGGCAUAAUAACUAAAGGCUGUCUCUCCAGGCCUCUUGGUCCUCAGCUUUGGGAUAGUUAAAAGGCCAGUGCCAGAGGACCUGAGGGACCUACUUGGUACAUAACUUAAAAGCAUGUCUGACAUGUAUUGGGGUGCACAAUCAUGGAUUGAUUUAAAAACCAAUAGAAUAAUCUUAAAAUGUAUUCUAAAACUCACAGGCAGCCAGUGCAGUGACCUUAAAAGCGGUGUAAUGUGUGCUCUCCAUCUGGUCUUGGUCAGUACCCGUACUGCAGCAUUCUGUAUGUUUUGCAGUUGACCAAUGGCUUUCUUGGUAAGACCAGACAGGAGAACAUUACAAUAGUCAAGCCUGUAUUAGCCUGAGAGAGAAACUGACACACCUUGGCAAUGUUCCUAAGGUGGUAAAAAGCUAAUUUGGCCACAUUCCUAAUGUGUGAUUCGAAAUUUAGUUCAGAAUCUAAAAUAACACCUAGGUUUUUUACCUGUGUUUUAUCUUUAUUGCCUGUGAAUUAAAAUGUGUGGCAGCAUAGUCUCUCCAAGGUGAGCAGGUCAACACUCUCGUGGGGUUGUCUAUCUUGCAAUAUCUAUCCCAUGGGCUUGGUGGCCCAACUGUCCGGGGGGCUCAGACAUUCACUGGUCAAUUACGAAGCCCAGACUAAGCCUCAUUGAUUUACUAAAUCUGAUCCAGCUGGAUCCCUAAAGCUUCAUGGUAGUUUCCCCUCUCAAGCCUCUGUGAUGUGUCACUAUAGGAUAAGCAUUAGAUAUUGGCAACGAAUGUUGCGGCAAACGCCGCCAAAGAGUCAUUGAACCCUCAUCCACGUCACCUGGUUCUGAAUGGAUUCUCUGUCAUUGUGGUGAGGGAUUCUCAACUUCAUUUGGAAGGGUCAUGGAUAUGGGUAGCCUGUUGGCUAUUAAUAAUAAUAACAUACCCCAUGCAAAGUACAGUAAUAAUAACCAAAUGUAGGGCUGACUAAAUGCCAUCAGUUGGAAGGACCAUAACAAACCCAAUACAAAGCACAGAAAUAACUAAAUGGAGGGUUAUUAUGGUGCAGUAAGUGACAAUAAUAACCGUACAUUUGGUUAUUCCUGUACUUUGUUUGGGGUUUGUUAUGGUCCUUCCAACUGAUUGAUGGCAUUUAGUCACAUGUCAUUUCUUCCUUAUCUGUCUUGGCUUUGUUUAGAAAGUUCUUAUUUUACAACCCACUCACAUGCUGUGGUGUGUGUUGUGUAUAAAGAUAUUAUAACUGUUAUAUUGAUUGCUGUCAAGCUUCCUUAUUUACUGUAUAUAUAUAUGUAUGGACACUACCUGUAAAAAUGUCUAUGAAUAGCCAUAAAGAUAAAGUAAGUUAUGGUUUUAUUGACUGGGCUUUAAAUCAUGUUGGAUCUAGGUAGUAAAAUGUGAGGAGGCCUGAGUGUAAGACACCUUCUUGGAAACAAGUAAUCCAUAAAAGUGUGAUUGCCUUCUAUAAAUACCAAGAUAAUCGAAUCAUGUUAAAAAUCACAUUGCUGCUACAUGCCUCCAUGAAUUCACUGUAAACAUAACCAUCUAAUAUCAAUGCUACAGUCUCUCCCUCAGUUGCUACUGUCCGCAGGUGACAGGGGUGUUUCGAAGUUUUAUUUGCGGCCUUGAUAGUGAUACAUUUUAAGACUACAGGUUGGGAAACGUUUUGGUAUUUUUGAACGUCCCCUGAUGCAGCCAGUUCAGACACAGGCCAGCCCUUUCCUGAACACUAAACAUGGAACCCUAUUGUUCAACACAGGGAUCACUGCUUAUUUUAGUUAGACGAGUAAAAAGGACGCAGUGAUUUCCCUCUGCUGUGCUGGGCAACCAUUGUCUGAGUAUGGAGAAGAUUGGUUCUACCUAUUUCGGUCUGAGGAUGUGUUUAAAAAUGUAAUCCCUUAUUCUUGACCUAGUUCUGUCCUCAAGAUCUGUUGAUGAGUUGUAAAAUCAUCCUCACACUUACAGCAGCCUACUGAAUGUUCCAUCUGCAGAUAGGAUGAGUCAUUUAAUGAUGAUUAGGUUUGUAUUGCUGAUGAUGGUUGUUAAUUGAUAAUCCGUUUAUUGACUUUGCUCUCUGUGUGUGUCCUCUGUCUUUCAGAAUGUCGGCAAGGCCCUUCGCUACAGCUGGAAGUGUUUGAUGCUUGGUCUUCACAGUAUGGCAGCAGGCUAUUCCACCCCACUCACUGCCGCUGCUACCCUCGUCCCAGAGUUCCAUGCGGGCAGGGACAGGGGCUGA